CUGCUCUAACCGCAUUGUUUGUUUGAAAGACGGAAUCUGGGCCGAGCUGCGGCGGCCGCGAGGACUCUCCGGGAGAGGGAGGAGGAGGACCAGGAGGGAGCCGUGCAGCGAGCGGGGCCGCGGCUCGUUCCCUCACAGGGAGGGUCGGAGAGCCAUCGGCCGCCAUUAGCGGAUUCCCCGUCCUGUCAGCCGCUCCCAGUCCCGCGCGGGAAGGUCACCAAAAAUGAGGCGUAAAGGACGCUGGCACAGAGUUUCUGCACCACCCAGGACAUCUACAUCUCCGUGUAGUAUUAAACAUUCCCCCACUCGGGAAACCUUGACAUAUGCACAAGCCCAGAGAAUGGUUGAAAUAGAAAUAGAGGGUCGUCUGCACAGAAUUAGUAUUUUUGAUGCAUUAGACAUUAUUUCUGAUGAUGAUCUCACUGCUCAAGAAAUGACAGAAUGUAACAGCAAUAAAGAAAACAGUGAACAGCCACCACAGGUUUGUCUUCGGUCAAAAAGGCAUAAAGCUAGUAACGGCAAAAAGAAAAGUGAAGUUCUUCCAACAGCACAUGGACAUGCUGCCACAAGUGUUCUCCCUGAGCCUAAAGUACGUGUCAUAGAAUGCAGCCCUCCAUCUGCUCCCAACAGGCCUGCAACCUACUACAAGUUUCAAGAAAAGUCUGCGGAAGAACUGGACAAAGAAGUGGAAUAUGACAUGGAUGAAGAAGAUUACGCAUGGCUGGAAAUAAUAAAUGAGAGACGCAAAAGCGAUGGACUCUCGGUAGUUUCCCAAGACAUAUUUGAAUUCCUUAUGGACAGAUUUGAGAAAGAAUCAUACUGUGAAAAUCAAAAACAAGGUGACCAGCAGUCAUUAAUUGAUGAGGACGCAGUUUGUUGUAUCUGCAUGGAUGGGGAAUGUCAAAACAGUAAUGUUAUUUUGUUUUGUGAUAUGUGUAAUUUAGCUGUACAUCAGGAAUGUUAUGGAGUGCCAUACAUACCUGAGGGACAGUGGCUUUGUAGACAUUGUCUGCAGUCUCGUAAUAUGCCUAUUGAUUGCGUGCUGUGCCCAAACAAGGGAGGUGCCUUCAAAAAGACUGAUGACGAUCGCUGGGGACAUGUUGUUUGUGCUUUGUGGAUCCCAGAGGUUGGAUUUGCAAAUACAGUUUUUAUUGAACCUAUCGAUGGUGUAAGCAACAUUCCCCCAGCAAGGUGGAAACUAACUUGUUACCUCUGUAAGCAAAAAGGUGCUGGUGCCUGCAUCCAGUGCCAUAAGGCAAACUGUUACGUUGCUUUCCAUGUGACUUGUGCUCAGAAAGCUGGACUUUACAUGAAAAUGGAACCUGUGAAAGAAGUCAACGGAAGUAUCACAACAUUUUCUGUUAAAAAGACUGCUUAUUGCGAUGCUCAUACACCUUCAGGGUGUGUGAGAAGGCCAUUAAAUAUAUACGAAGAGCCAGAUUCGAAAAAUGGCAUCUGUAGAAAGGGUAGUGAUCGGACAGUACGGUCAACUUCCAAACUUAGGAAAAGAGCAAAGAAAAUGAAGAAAGAAGAAGAAGAAACAGAAGCUUGUGCAAUUGUACCCACAGUCAACGUACCAGAUAUUCCACCUCAGAGAGUUAACAAAAUAAUGAACCAGGUGUCUAUUCAACGGAAGAAACAGUUCAUUGAGAGAGUGCACAGCUAUUGGCUGCUGAAACGCAUGUCAAGGAAUGGCAUUCCCUUAUUGAGACGGCUACAGUCCAGUUUACAGUCACAGAGAAAUAUACAACAGAGGGAAGAUGAUGAAGAAGUACAGUCCUUGAAAAAUAAAUUAAAAUAUUGGCAACGGUUAAGGCAUGAUCUUGAAAGAGCGAGGUUAUUAAUUGAACUCAUACGAAAACGGGAAAAGCUAAAACGUGAACAGGUUAAAGUUGAACAGGUAGCUAUGGAGCUCCAGCUAACACCGCUGACGGUCCUGCUACGCUCCCUUCUUGAACAACUGCAGGAGAAAGAUCAGGCUCGGAUAUUCGCUCAUCCUGUAAAUCUCACAGAGGUUCCAGAUUACUUGGAUCACAUUAAGCAUCCCAUGGACUUCACUACCAUGAAGAGACAUCUAGAAGAUCAAAGAUACAAGAAUCUGAAUGAGUUUGAAGAAGAUUUCAACUUAAUUAUUGAGAACUGCAUGAAAUACAAUGCCAAGGACACCAUGUUUUUCAGGGCUGCAGUGAGGUUACGAGAUCAAGGUGGGGUGUUACUGAGACAGGCUAGACGUGAAGCAAAUGCUGUUGGUUUUGAUGAUGAAACGGGGAUGCAUUUACCUGAAAGACCAAAAAUUGAACCACCACCACAAUUUACAUGGGAAGAUGUUGAUAAACUACUGAACCCGGAAAACAGAGUGAACAUGUCUUUAGAGGAGCAACUGAAAGAGCUUCUAGAAAAACUAGAUCUGACCUUUGCUAUGAAAUCCAGUGGAUCAAGAAGUAAACGAUUAAAGUUGUUGAAAAAGGAGAUCAAUAAUGUACGUCAGAUGCUGUCUCAACAACAUGUCCAACCUCCCCAAAUAGAAUCGGGUAUCGGAAGCUUUGAAGAGGAGAAUGGAUCUAUAAUGGAAAAUGAUGGCGAAGAGGAUGGAGAUAAAUCUCCCCCUAAACUUGAACCAUCUGAUGCAUUACCUCUACCUUCAAACUCGGAGACUAAUUCAGAACCACCAACCCUCAAACCAAUAGAACUCAAUCCCGAGCAAAGUAAACUUUACAAAAGAGUCACAUUUGAUAAUGAAUUACAUAGUACCACUGUCCAGAAUGAAAUGCUAAAUGGACACAAUCCAGAACAUUUACUUAAGGACAGUAAUCUCACUGAGUCGUCAGAUUCUGAAGUAGCGGAAUCAUCAGCUGAUGUAAACAGACGUACAUCCAUUCUCUUCCGCAAAUCAAAAAGUGUAAGCCCCCAAAAGCCUGCAAAGAACGCUGAAACUCAGCCAACUUCUCCACAGCUAGGGACCAAAACCUUUUUGUCUGUAGUCCUUCCAAGGUUGGAGACACUCCUGCAGCCAAGGAAAAGAUCGCGGAGCACGUGUGCAGCUUCAGAAGCAGAUGAGGAGUCCCCUGUAAAGCGUUUGGAUACAGGUCUCGCUAAUGGUUAUGCAGAAGGCGAGAAGGCAAAGGACUUUGAUCUAGGUCGAAGUCGGAAGAUGGAACCUCGGCGACGUUGUGCGUCAGAAUCCAGUAUCUCUUCGAAUAGCAGCUUGUUGUGCAGUUCGAGUUUUAGUUUGCCAAAAUGUGGCAAGGGCAAACCAGCUCUCAUACGACGCCACACCAUAGAAGACAGAAGCGAAUUAAUAUCUUGCAUAGAAAAUGGGAAUUACGCAAGAGCAGCCCGAAUUGCAGCAGAGGUUGGGCAGACUAACAUGUGGGUCUCUGCAAGUGCAACUGCGUCGUUUCUCGAACCGUUAAAAGUUGUCUGGGCAAAGUGCAGUGGAUAUCCUUCUUAUCCAGCAUUGAUAAUUGACCCCAAGAUGCCCCGUGUUGGUUGUCAUCACAAUGGUGUUGCUAUCCCAGUGCCCCCACUGGAUGUUUUGAAAACUGGAGAACAAAUGCAGACAAGGGCUGAAGAAAAGUUAUUUUUGGUUUUAUUUUUUGAUAAUAAGCGAAGCUGGCAGUGGCUCCCAAAGUCAAAGAUGGUUCCCCUUGGAAUUGACGAAACCAUCGAUAAAUUGAAGAUGAUGGAAGGAAGAAAUUCAAGCAUUCGAAAAGCUGUACGGGUUGCUUAUGACAGAGCUGUGAACCAUUUAAGCAGGGUUCAAGGCGAAUCAGUUAGUGACUUUAGCGAUAUCGAUUGACUGCUAAAAGGACACAACGAGCCUCACAAACUGUUUAUCUAAGCUUUACUUCUAACCUCUUCCUCUGAAAGAAUGUAUUGAAGAUCUGAUUCCCAGUGACGGAAUGGGUGAAGAUGUUUUGUUAUGGAGCAUGCACCUUGCUGCCGUUCUCAUGAUUUUAUCCAUUUCCUGUAGUUCAGAGGAGCUUCCACUAAAGUUGUUAAAUGUCUUGUUUAUAGUGUUCAUAAUCUGUAUAUAACUGUAUAUUGGGGGAAAAUUAACUUAUUCAGACUUUUGAGGUAGUUCUUAAAUUCCCUAGGCUUUUGCCUUUUUUCUUUUUGAAGUUUUUUGGUUUUUUUUUUAUUUUUUUUAUUUGAUCUAAAUGUAGAUUUUGUUUUAAAAUGUAAAACAAAGGGUUGAAUCUUAGCACCACUUUACACAAAGAAAAUUGUUUUUUUUUGUAAAACUGCUAAAUUGGAAAGAAUAGCUAUGUUUAAAAUAUAUUUAAUACAUACUGCUACCUAGCGUGUCCAUUCUCAUAUUUUGACUACUGUAUUUAAUGGAAUAUUUUAAAAGAUGCAAUGACCAUGCAGAAGAGUACAAUGGGCUUAUAAAAUAUGCAUUUAUUUUAUUACAACGUCUGAAGAAUGCACUGGCAUUAAAGUAUUAUAUAUAGUA